AUGGCUCAGGGUAACUCUGAAGUCGACGAAAAAGCCCUCAGAGCACACCCAAUUCCCAGAUCGGCCCUUGUGGAAUCUCAGCAGUUCGGCAAGUCUCUUUGGGGGAAAACAGGCAAACUGACUGUGAAGCUCCCUGAUGCGACAUUAGAGGACUACUUCCUCAAGAUGUGUCACGGGGAGUCGGGAGAGGCUUUCAUUUUUGAUGCAUGCUCAUUUCACCGACACAAUGAGCACGAUACGGGCAACUGGCGAGCCCCUCGGCAUAAUCUGAGUGGUAAAGCGCACAUUGAGAAUUACGAGCUCCACUUUCCAGUUUCGGAGCCAGUCGAGGAUUGGGAUGCUCGAAACCAACUGUAUUCACUGCCGUACAACCUAGGCAAUGCCAUCUAUGUUUCUGGAUCAAGUCAGUGA